AUGGAUUACUAUGGAAAGUAUGCUGUUGUCAUUUGUGUCAUGUUAGCUAUAUCUCUGAAUAUUUUUCAUUCAUUGCCGGAGGAAGAGUUUAUGGUACAGGAUUGUACUGAAUGUAAACUAACCGUGAACACUCGGGUGACCAAAUUGUUCAGCGGCAGGCCUGUGUACCAAUGUGCAGGAUGUUGUUUCUCAAGAGCUUAUCCCACUCCCAUGAGGUCCAAAAAGUCCAUGCCAGUGCCAAAGAACAUCACUUCAGAAGCGAGAUGCUGUGUAGCAAGAGCCUUCAGAGAGGUUUUCAUUCCAAAUGAUGGAACUCGGAAGGUUGAGAAUCACACUGACUGUCAUUGCAGUACCUGUUACUAUCAUAAAUCUUAA